CUACCAUUACUUGAAAUCGACGUGGGAUGUGAGGUGGAAGACGUUGCUUGGGCACCAUACAGCAGCACGGUGAUUGCGGUGGUUACUGGUAAUGGAGAUGUUUUGGUGUUCGAUCUGGCCGAAGACAGAUUUUCGCCUAUUUGUGUGCAAAAGGUGACGAAAUGGAAACGAAGUCGGUGCACGACCAUAGCUUUCAAUCCGGUGGAUCCCAUCGUUUCUGUGGGUGACAACAGGGGCACUGUCGUGAUACUGAAGCUGUCUCCCAACCUCCGGAAGAAGCCCAAGCCAGUGAAAAAUAUGGGUGGAGUGGAUGAUAACCAGGGUCCACCGGAAGAGCGGAAGCUUCGCGCACUCUUGGCUAUGUUGUAA